UCGGCUGCAACCGCACAAGCGCUUCUUCUUUCUCUGCUCCUUUGCGCUGCGCGUCGGAGUCUCCUGCCCUGCUCCGCUGAUGAAUCCUCCUGCUGAGAUUUGCCGCAACUGAGACGCUGACAGUCCCCGAGUGCGGCGCAAAUCAUUUCUUGCCCUAUUCAAGCGCCGGCGGGAGAUCAUUAAGGAUGAGCCAGUGUGAGCGCUAUGUGCCCAGGAACAAUAACUGUCCUAUCACAGCGCAGCGCAAUGACAACCACGACUAUCUGCUCAUGGGCACAGAGGAUGGACUGUCUGACAACUCCCAGCAUCACUAUGGUUACUACCCCAUGCAGAGCACUGAAAGCAGACUAUCUCACCGUCGGCAAACAAUUCUCAGAGAAAAGGGGCGGAGGCAAGCUAACCGAGGACCAGCGUAUAUGUUUAAUGACCGCUCUACAAGCCUUUCAGCAGACGAGGAACGUUUUUUAGAUGCUGCAGAAUAUGGCAAUAUCCCUGUAGUACGUAAAAUGAUGGAGGAAUGCCGCUCUUUAAAUGUAAACUGUGUGGAUUAUAUGGGUCAGAAUGCUUUGCAGUUAGCGGUGGCUAAUGAACACCUGGAGAUUACAGAACUUCUACUGAAAAAGGAUAACUUGGCCCGAGUUGGGGAUGCUCUGUUGCUGGCAAUCAGUAAAGGGUAUGUACGGAUAGUUGAAGCAAUACUAAGCCACCCGUCAUUUUCUGAAGGAAAGCGACUCACGACGAGCCCUAGUCAGUCUGAGUUCCAGCACGAUGACUUCUACGCCUACGACGAGGAUGGUACAAGAUUCUCACAGGAUAUUACCCCUAUCAUACUGGCUGCCCAUUGUCAGGAAUAUGAAAUAGUCCAUACGCUUCUGAGAAAGGGGGCCCGGAUUGAAAGGCCUCACGAUUAUUUCUGCAAAUGUACAGAAUGUAACGAAAAGCAAAAACACGACUCCUUCAGUCACUCUAGGUCUAGAAUCAAUGCUUACAAAGGGCUUGCAAGUCAUGCUUACCUUUCCCUUUCCAGUGAAGAUCCGGUAAUGACAGCUCUGCAACUUAGUAACGAGUUGGCUGUUCUAGCAAAUAUUGAAAAAGAAUUUAAGAAUGACUACAAAAAAUUGUCUAUGCAAUGCAAGGACUUUGUUGUUGGGCUUCUCGAUUUGUGCAGAAAUACGGAGGAAGUGGAAGCCGUUUUGAAUGGUGAUGUGGAGACAAACAACGGCAGCAUGGAAGCCGAGGGCCGACCCAGCUUGUGUCGCUUAAAACUUGCUAUUAAGUAUGAGGUCAAGAAGUUUGUUGCUCAUCCCAACUGUCAGCAGCAGCUCCUUUCCAUCUGGUACGAGAAUCUAUCGGGGUUACGCCAGCAGACCACCGCAGUAAAAUUCCUGGUUGUUUUAGCUGUGGCGAUGGGAUUGCCGUUUCUGGCAAUGGUUUACUGGAUUGCACCGUGUAGUAAGCUCGGGAAGAUAAUGCGUGGCCCUUUUAUGAAGUUUGUGGCCCACGCGGCUUCCUUCACCAUCUUCCUGGGACUACUAGUGAUGAAUGCCGCCGACAGGUUUGAAGGUACCAAGAUCCUUCCUAAUGAAAGCCUCACGGAUCAUGCCAAGCAGCUUUUUAGGAUGAAAACAUCUUGCUUCUCCUGGAUGGAAUUGCUCAUUAUUUCCUGGGUAAUAGGCAUGAUAUGGUCCGAAUGCAAAGAAAUCUGGUCGCAGGGGCCCCGGGAAUAUAUAUUUGAGCUGUGGAAUAUUCUCGACUUUGGAAUGUUAGCCAUCUUUGCAGCGUCGUUUAUUGCCAGGUUUAUGGCUUUUUGGCACGCAUCCCGGGCACAGAACUAUGUUGACGACGAUGAGAGUAUCAAGGAUGUGUCGAGCGCAACGCUGCCUCCCGAAAUAAAGUACUACACUCUAGCCAGAAUCAAAUGGCUGCCCUCGGAUCCUCAGAUCAUCUCUGAAGGUCUCUAUGCAAUUGCUGUCGUUUUAAGUUUCUCCAGAAUCGCCUAUAUUUUGCCGGCUAAUGAGAGCUUCGGACCUUUGCAAAUAUCACUGGGUCGGACUGUAAAAGAUAUAUUUAAAUUUAUGGUGAUUUUCAUCAUGGUGUUUGUAGCCUUUAUGAUUGGGAUGUUUAACCUGUACUCCUAUUAUCUUGGAGCCAAGCAAAAUGAUGCCUUUACAACAGUUGAAGAAAGUUUUAAGACAUUGUUCUGGGCUAUUUUUGGACUUUCUGAAGUGAAAUCAGUGGUCAUCAAUUAUGGGCACAAAUUCAUCGAGAAUAUUGGCUAUGUACUGUACGGGGUAUACAACGUCACCAUGGUCAUCGUAUUGCUCAACAUGCUCAUUGCCAUGAUCAACAAUUCAUUCCAGGAAAUUGAGGAUGAUGCAGACGUGGAGUGGAAGUUUGCUAGAGCCAAGCUCUGGUUCUCUUACUUCGAGGAGGGGAGAACACUCCCAGUGCCAUUCAACUUGGUUCCAAGCCCCAAAUCAUUUGUUUACAUUGCACUAAAAGUAAAAUCUUUCCUCAACAAAAGGUUCCCAUGCAACAUUAAAGGAUUGCAGGAAGACUCUGAAAUGAACAAGCUGGGUCACAGCAAACAUUCCAGCAUCCGAAGCUCAGAAGAUGGAAAUCUCAAUCACAUCAGCCAUCCACCCACCAGAUAUCAAAAAAUUAUGAAGCGCCUUAUCAAGAGAUAUGUCCUGAAAGCCCAGAUUGACAAGGAGAGCGACGAAGUGAAUGAAGGGGAAUUAAAGGAGAUCAAGCAGGACAUUUCCAGCCUGCGCUACGAACUUCUUGAAGAAAAGUCCCACAACACAGAAGACCUGGCAGAGCUGAUUAGAAAACUUGGGGAGAGACUGGCAAUAGAGCCUGAACAAGAACAGAGCAAGGGAUGAUGGACAUGGUCACUAGAGAAAACCCUUCCCCAACUGUGUGUAAUCAGCAUUUCACAUUCCAUGAUUAUUAUUAUUAUUAUAAUUGAUUCCAAGCAGCAACUUUUAUCUGAAUAUUCAUAUCAUUCAUAUCAUUCAUGAGAUAUUUAAUACAAGGGUCAUAGAUAAACUGUGGAUUUAUUGCUAUGUAGGAAAGAAAACACUCCACAAUUGCCCAAUUUUAUGGAAUAUAGUGUUGGUCCUCAUCCAAUGAUAAUAGGGCAAUAGCAUUUUAUCCCAAAACUUUAGUUGGAAUUUCAGUGUUACAGACAGAAAACUAAAAAUAUGGCCUUAAGAGUAAAUUAAUGGAGAGCACAAGUAUGGGGCACGGCCUUCUACAGGAUCAUAGAGACACAACAUGUUCUAAAAUGCCCUGGCCUGGGGGGUAAAUCCUCUUAUGUUUAUGAGGUUGCCAAAACUCCAUGGGCACGAACAUGGCUCUGCUCGCCUAUCUUAACCAGGCUAUAAUCUAGACCAGCGAUCCCCAAUCUUUCUUUUUACCCACAAGCCACUUCAAAUGUACCAUAUAUACUCGAGUAUAAGCCAAGUUUUUCAGCCCCCAAAAUAUGCUGAAAAACUCUACCUCGGCUUAUACUCGGGUCAAGCGCA